AUGGCACCCAAGUUCAGGGAUGGAGAUACCGUCAUGUCUAUCAAUGGCAGAUGGGUGUCUUGGGCGCAUACCGUGGCCGCAUAUUCAGCUUUCAUCGGAGCACUGAUCGUUGGAAUGUCCCUCCACUACCGCAAAAUAGUCCAGAAUGAACACUACGGAUACCCGCAAGAAUGGUUUCCCUCAGUAUCGGCCACAAUAGGUGAUCGUUAUCCCGAACGAUCCAUCUUUCAGCUUUUCAUUGCGAUCACUUCCGGCCCCCGGUUCGCCCUCGUUUUCCUCUGGUACCUCCUUACGGCUCGCCCGAACUCUUCACUUCCGACGUUCGUGGCUGGGACAGGUCUGUUCCGGACUCUGACAUGUGGUGGUUGGACUUACAUCACCUCAACGGAUGAUCAUGAUUGGCACGAUAUCUUCAUGAUUUCAUACCUCAUUGCUACCCUUCCGUGGACCUUGGGGUGUCUUGCCCUGAGUCCGAAUAACCACCAGGCAGUAAAGUACCGGAAGAUACUUGCCAGCCUCUUUUUCGGCACGCUUAUCCCACUAAUCUACUACUUCAUUCAGCACAAAGUGCACAAGGUCCCUGGAGCGUACACAAAAUACUCCUUCUUUGAGUGGGCGCUUAUCUUGUUUGAUGUGGGAUUUGACGCAGUCACGGCCCUCGACUUUGGCGCAUUCGAAAUUAUAGUGAAAGAUGUGAAAGGUGUCAGCAGAGGAAGAUCAAAGACUGCUGGAGAGGUUAUCCUUGAAGAACAAAAGGAUAAACCUGUUGGUCGCACAUUUGGUGAAGCAUUUUUCUGGGCGGAAGCCAUCGAUGCGGCCGCUGAUGUGUACAACGGCUUUGUCUUUUGGUCCAUUCUGACCUCUCUCGGCGUUUUGGUUUGGUAUUUUCCCUUGUGGCAUAUGGGUAUCUCGGGUUAUGAAGUCCUUGUCAUGGUUACGAUAUCACCUUUCCUCUUAUACAUUCCAAGUUUCCGGUCUUUCGCAGUUCGCAAUGUUCGCGUCAUCCACCUCCUAUCCCUCAGCGGGCUGCAGGCCUACCUUAUCCAGCGGCCCGAAUACCGCCUUUUCACCGUUGGAUUUUCAGUCGCGAUGAGCUGCUUGGCCUGGCCAACGACAUGGUAUGGCGAACGGUCGCAGCCUGCACGCCUUGAGGCCCGCGUAAUGGCAUGGGGUCUCGGCCUCGUUGCGUCAAGUGUAGCCAAGUUUGCCGCACGGACGAACAAUCCAAUUUGGCCAAUUAUGCAUGCAGAAAACGGCGGGUGGAACAAAACCGCCUUCAUUCUCUCCUUGUUCUCUGUUAUUCGCUCCACUCGAAGGAUUAACACUUCUGGCGACUUCUUGCCCCCUACAGGUAAAAGGGGAUCUUCCCUGCUUGCCGCUGCGGGCCUGGGUGGGUUGUUCUUUGCCCUGCACUCUCUUCUCUCGGACUCGAGCACCAUGAUCCUCUGGGUGUGGGAAGGAUACCCGGUCCGGGGUCCUAUCGCAGUUCCACACGGAGUUUGUACAAUCAUUGCUAUGGGCGCUGGUUUGCUACUUGGCGUUUUAUAUCCUCGUCUAUCGGGGUCGUGGACUGCCUUUGGGAUGGGCUCCGUUGGAGCUGCCAUCCUGACAACCAAUAGCCAUUGGUUUGGUUACUAUGGCGCUCUUAUGCUUGCCAUCUAUCUGAUGUCCGUUACUCCUGUGCUUAUCACUUCCGCCGUCCAACAUUCCCCCGCCCCUACCUUCGGUGUUGCUUUCCUUAUCUACAAUUUUAUGGUUCUGUUCCACGUUUGGGUUGUUGCAUAUGCCUUCGUGCCUGGAGGCCCUCUUGUCAGGGAGCAUACAGAUUGGAUCAUGCUUACCACCAUGCUUCUUAUUGGUGCUGGCGUAUUCUCUUCGAUCAUUUCGAAUUCCUCAAUCUCGCCGAUGAAGAACAAACCGCUGAAGGGUAAACGUGCCAUCUCCACUAACGGAAAGGUGCGCUCCUAUUACAUUUACGUUCUCAUUGCCUUGCAAAUGCUCUCCAUUGCCAUCGCAUACCUCCGAUUCCCUACGAACGACUACAGACCUUACCACAAGGAGGACAAAGUCGUAACCGCGGGAAUCUGGACCGUCCAUUUCUCCCUUGACAAUGAUAUGUGGUCUUCCGAGAGACGAAUGCGAGACGCCAUCAAAGACCUGGAACUCGACGUCGUGGGUCUCCUCGAGUCUGACCUUCAGAGAAUCAUCAUGGGUAAUCGCGACACCACCCAAUUCCUCGCCGAAGACCUGGGGAUGUACGUGGACUACGGUCCCGGACCCAACAAGCACACCUGGGGCUGCGCCUUACUCUCUAAAUUCCCUAUUCUUAACUCAACACACCACCUCCUACCCUCCCCCGUCGGCGAGCUCGCCCCAGCCAUCCACGCCACAAUGGAUAUGUACGGAGAAUUCGUAGACGUCGUUGUCUUCCACUCAGGCCAGGAAGAGGACCCCGAGGACCGGCGUCUCCAGUCUGAAUACCUCUCGAAACUAAUGGCUGACUCCCCCCGCCCGCUGAUCCUGCUUAGUUACCUCGUGACGAAGCCUCUUGAGGGCAAUUAUAACACCUAUGUCAGCGAGGCGAAUGGGAUGAAGGACAUCGACCCGACCGAUUGGGAUCGGUGGUGCGAGUAUAUUCUGUACAGGGGCUUUAAGCGGACGGGAUAUGCUCGAGUCAGUCGGGGGACUAUCACCGACACGGAGAUUCAAGUGGGCAAGUUCGUCGUGGGUGAACCCGAAGAUACAUCCAACAUCCGAAUAGCAGAAGAACAUGUACCCGCCGGACUACGAUUCCCCACCCUCUUCCGCGGCCAAGGUGUCCGUGGACAUCGAUACCAUGUGUUUGACGAACCGCGAUACUUCGCCUAG